AUGUUGAAUCCAACCUUUCAAGUAAAUUUGGGACACCCCAUCACGAAGGGAACUGUAGCAGUAGGAAAAUUCGAUGGAAAUAGACCUUGUCUUGCUGCUGGUACUAGUUCGGGUAAGGUGAUGGUACACAAUCCUCAUGAAACAAAUCAAGGAAAUCAAUUAACCUUCUUGAAUGUCAAUAAGGACGUUAAUUGUGUUGCCUCUGGCGCCUUUAAACAAGGAGUCAGAAGAGAAACCUUGAUGAUUGGUACUCAAACCAAUUUGAUGGCCUAUAAUGUUGAUACAAACUCGGAUAUUUACUACAGAGAUGUUCAAGAUGGUGUAAAUAGAAUGAUUUUCGGAAAGCUUGGAUCACAUGCAAAUCCACUUGUUUUUGUUGGUGGAAAUUGCUCAAUUCAAGGUUAUGAUGGAGAUGGUGAGGAACAAUUUUGGACUACUGCAGGUGGUGAUGUCACCUCUUUAUGCUUGGCUGAUGUUAAUGGUGAUAAUGAGAAUGAAUUACUUGUAGGAUCUGACGAUUAUGUAAUAUAUAUUUAUCAAGACGAAUCAAUUAUUGCUGAAUGUAAAGAAACCUCAGCUGUUACAGAGCUUUGCGAUUUGAAUGGUGGAAGUUUUGGAUAUGCUUUAUCUAGUAAUACUUAUGGAUUAUACAAAGGAUCAAAUAGAAUUUGGAAAAAUAAGUCUAAGAGUGCCGUUAAUGGUAUGGUUGGAUACGACAUUCUUAAAGAUGGAGUUCCAGAUAUUAUUGUUGGUUAUAAUAGUGGAAAACUUGAAGUAAGAAAACAAGAAGAUGGUAGAUUAAUUCACAAAGAUUCUCUCAAGGAAUCUGUCGCUGGUUUAAUAGUAGCUGAUUAUAGAAUGGAUGGUCAUGAUGAAUUGAUUUGUUGUUCUGUUAGUGGUGACCUUAAGGGUUAUGUACCAGCUCAGGAAAAUCUUACAAAACAAGUGGAAGAUUCCUCUCUCGAUGAACUAAUUGAAAAACUCAUUCAAAAGAGAGAAGAAUUGACCAAUGAGCUUAAAAACUACGAGGAAAAUCUUAAAAAGCUCAAGAAUGGUGAUAUUGACUCUUCUCUUAUUAGAUCAGACUCUAAGGUCAAAUGUAACUUGAAUCCUAAUAUUCAAGAGAAUUGUCUUGAUAUUGUUUUUAGAACCGAUGCGGAAAAUAUUAUCAGAUCAGCAAUCAUUACCGCAGAACAACUCUUCCCAACAGAUACCAGUAUGGUCUACUCUAAGAAUCCAUCGAAUGAAAUUAAGGUCAGUUUGAGACCGGAAAAGAACAUUGCAGUGGAAAUGAGAAUUCAAGUUAUGGUUGGUUUCAACUUGGGUUCUAAAUACCACAUCUUCAACUUGAGUUAUACACUUCCUAGAUUUGCAAUGUACAUACCAGGAGAACAUCCUAGACCUCCAAAAUCUGUUCUCAAUUUCGUUCUAGGUGAAAGAGUUAAGAGAAUUAUUAUGUGGUUGAAUGAAUCUUUUAACAUUGUAUUUAAGCUUGAAGGAGAGGCUGAUGUGAUAGAUGCCAAGUUUACAAGUCUGAGGGAUGGAUCUCCUCUCAGAUUACUCUACAAGGACGGAAUGAUGACUAUCAGCGUUGACGAUAUGGAAGUUGCUGGUGAUUUAUUCCAAGAUGUUUGUGCAUUCUUGUCUAUCAAGGAAUUAGAUUCCAAGUGUGACUUCCCAGUUGAAUUUGAAAAGUUCGAACAGAUUACACAAAGUGUCGAAGAAUAUAAUUCUAACAGAUUAAAGAUGACUGCUGAAAUGGCUGAUAGCUCUCAGCUUAUUAAGGCCUACGUCAUUAAAGCAGAAGAUUCCAGAGUGAUUGCAGAUAUGAAAUCUGUAAGAUCCAUGUAUAAUGAACUCCACAGUGUCAACAAGGGAUUGAUCGGUGAAUACAAGAAGAGAAGUACCAACCACGAUCAAUUGUUAACUGCAUUGAAAGAAGUCAACCAAAUGAUUCAAAAAGCUGCUAGAUUAAGAAUAGGAGAACCAAAGAAUCGUGUUGUUUCAGAAUGUAGAAAGGCAAUUAAGAAUAAUAAUAUUAGUUCGCUUUUCAAGAUUAUCAAAGAAGGUCAAUAA